AUGGACGGUCCUGCCAACCCCACCCUCGUAUCGAGAAUUCAUUCGCGCCACCGUUAUCAAGCCCAACAGGCUCCCCAGCAAAGGCUUCCUGCACCCGAUCACCCUCAAUCACACGACCAAUUCCUUCCCCCAGGACCUGACGCAGCACCCAGAAGCAGAGAGAGUAUGAGCAGAGGCCAUCGCUUCUUCCACCGUCGCGCUGUGCUGGACAAUGUUGAAAUCGUCACGGUCCUUGCUACAGUCGACGAAGCUGGCAAUGUCAUCGCCCAGGAGACGCUACCACCUGUCCCACCACCAUCUUUGCCAGAUGUAGUCGCUACCGCCGUCGCCGCCAUGGCUUCUGCGGCGCCAGUCGCUCAGCCAGUUCAGCUGGCGCUUCCUUCGGCUGCGCUUGCUGUACCCGACGUUCCUGCGCUGCCCAUUCCUGCGCAGCCACCUGUGCCUGUGCCUGCUCCUGCGCUACCAUCGGUGGCUCCUGCCGUGCCCUCCUCUGUAGCUGUUCCCGUACUGCCAGCUGUACCUGAUACCGCGCUGCCCAUACCCGAUACUGCGCUGCCCAUACCCGACACUGCAUUGCCUGAUAAAGCACUGCCUGUACCUAAUCCUGCGAUUGCGGCACCCGUACCCGACCCUGCACUGCCAGCUGUACCCACUCUUGUAACAUCUUCUGUGGUUGUUCCUACACUGCCAACUCUGUCUGCUCCAGCGCUAGCGGCUGUCGCUGUUCCUGCGGUACCAUCUGUCGCUGUUCCUGCGGUACCAUCUGUCGCUGUUCCUGCAGUGCCAUCUGUACCUGUUCCUGUUCUCCCGUCUGUACCAGCAGUACCACCGUUUCCCACCGACCUGGUCGUCCCAACUGUCCCAGCGUAUCCUUUUCCAUCGCUGAACUAUGUCGCUCAACCCGUGGUUACAUCUACUUCGAGUGCUUCAACAUCAUCCUCAAUUCAAAGCACUGCCGCGCCAUCUCUCCCCUCUACUAUCAACUCGGCUGCCAACACGACCCUAUCAUCCACCUCAUCACUGUUGUCGUCUUCUAUCUUGGCCUCUUUUGAUAGUAUCUCGGCCUCGUCCGCAACAGACCUUGCUGUAUCAGUCAAUGCCGUCCCAACUCGCUCACCGUCUGCUUCACAGUCUCUUGCUGCUUCCACCAGGACGUCACUCACACAGGCAAUAAUCAGCUCACAGUCGGCUCGCAGCGUUGCCUCUGCUUCGAGUGCCCCAACUGCCUCGAGUGUCCCGACUACAACCGCGAAUUAUGGCGGCUGGGGUGGUAAUGCGCCUGGCACCGCAGGAGCCCCUGCUCCAACUACAUCAGCUACGUCGACCGCCGAUACCAACUCCAGCCCUAGUGCUCUUGAAACGCCCAAAGUCGUUGGUAGCGUUUUAGGGAGUCUUGCCGGAGUUGCCCUCAUCUUGGCCUUGAUAUUGUUUCUUUUGAAACGCCACAAGCAGAAGCGAGGCGGUGCUCUACAGCUCACUGGCGACGAUCAUCACCAGGAAAGCAACCGGUCCAUGACCCAGGCGCCUGCCCCAAGCAACACCCUUGUCCCUAUCGCCUUCCUCAAACGCUUUUCUGGUAUGUCUGGCAAGACGGCCGAGACUAGCACGAGCGCUGGUGAGCGGAGCUUUCAACGAGUGUCGGGUCGCAAGUUGCCAUCUGCCUUCAGUGAAGGCAUGACGUCCGAUCAAUUCUCUCGCGGAGGCACAAUGUCCGGUUCAUCAUUCUACCAAGACGAUCAUGGUCUCUAUGGCGGCACAGGUCUGUCUAAAGAGAUGGGUAAGGAGAUUGGCGAGAGUUCUGCCCCACGCGAAUCAGGACAGAUGAACUUUCGACCCAGCCCUGCAAGAACACCCAUCAUCCGCCAUCCCGACGAUGGCAAUCCUUUUGCAGAUCGUCACCACCUCAGUCCGCCACAUUCUCCUGUCGGCGAACUGCCUCCUAGAGGUACGCUCGGAAGAAGCUUGCCCUCGGCCGACGGGUCGCGCUCAAGCAAAUUCACCGAGAAUGUUUGA